AUGCAAACACAGCUCGACGGCCCGAUGAUAGACAUCAUCAAGGUGAGCGAGUGGCUCACUAAGAAUGUCAACGAGAAGCUCUACCCGCGAUUACUCUUGAUGUCACCGAACGGCAAUCUGCUCGCUUACUCAACCCCAGUUAAUAUCAAGGAACUCCGCGACCAAGCAGCAUUAAUCUCAGCAGCAUGGAAAGAGCAGUGCAUUGGACGACAGAUGCAGUCUGCACCAGACCCACGGAAGGACUCAGCUCGAGAUGAGGCAGAGGCAGCACAGCAGAGCGGUUUGAGGCCUGCACUCGAAACACUCACUAUCGAGGCGGAAAACUGCAACAUCCUUAUUCGAUCAUUGCAACCCGAACUUCUUUUCGUCCUGAUCGGCGAACUACCACCAAACAAGUCGCAGCAAUUCAAGAUUACCGCCGAAGGCUAUGGUGAUCCCCGGUACCCUACGCUAGAAGACUCUGACACGCGAUCAAGUACACCGACAGCUGCACAAAGCGCUGCUGGCAAGCUCAAAGCUCCUUCGAUACUCAGUUCAAUGAGCCAGCGGGAGAAAGACAUCAAGCUUGGCGUUCUACAUAUACAACGCAAGAGACUUGACGCUUUGACCGAGUACAUCCAGCGCGACUUCAAGGACAGCGGGUUCGUCAUGCCGGCAGAUUGGGCGCUCCAGUAG